AUGGUCGACGCCUGCUGCUGUGACCGGACCGAGGCCGCGCAGAACGCGGGCCCAAGCUCGCACGACGGCGAGAGCUUGCGCCACGUCACGAGCGUCGAGUGUCUCUUCUGCCCGCACUACAGCGUCGCCACGCUCCUGGGUGGCAUCGAGCGCCUCAUCUCGCUCCACUCGUCCAACCCCAUCGCCGACUACUGGAAGCGCCUCAUCCUCAACCCAGCCGCGAUUCGCCGCGUGUUUGAUGGCAUUGGCGUGCAUCAAACGCUGCGGCAGGAUGUCGACUAUGGCAUCUACCGCGACCAGUACGUGUGCUUCUUUGUCGCGACGCGGCUGUACCCAGCGUACCUGACGUGGCACACACCCGCGCCAGCAACGAAGGAAGAGUGCAGCCGGCGGCCGUCGAGCCCCGAGGCUUCAACCGAAAAGAUCAAUGGUCGGCUGCGCGAACGUGCAGCCUCUGCGCCCAACUGGUGGGAUAUCAACAUCAAGCAAGGCCCAUCGCCAUCGACGUUCAAGUACCCGUGGACCGAGCUCUCGAUCGACGA